AUGCCAAGGGAAGCAUGGCACAGGCAGCCGGAGGAGGGCCAGGGGCUGCCGAAGCACCUGAAUCCGGGCGCCGGGGAAAAACGGAGCCGAGCGGCCAGGCUGGCCCAGCCCCCGCUCCGCGGUCCCCGGGGAGCAGAACGCGUCCCAGCAGCGGCACCGUCCUACAGGCUCGGACUCUCGGAGCGCGGGGGCCUGGAGAAACCCCUUCCAGGGCCCCCUGAGCCCGGCCGGACUGACGGGCCCGAGGGCGGGCGUCUCCGGCCUCAGGCUUCCCGGCUCAUCUCUCCGGUGACGGCGGCGGCCCCGCCACUCCUGCUGUCCUCAGGCGCCGCCGCCUCAAUCCAGGCUCCCAACGGCUCUGGGCCGCGCGCCGCCCCGCCGCGGCCGCCUCUCGCUCUGCUUCAGCUUCCACCUCCACCGCCUCCCCCUCCUCCGCCUGGUUCCCCUCCCGCGAGCCCCAGGCCCACCGGCGGUGGCGGCGCACGAUUACUACGUCACACGGCGAACAGCGCCGGCGCGGUCCCCGCGCGCCUAGCCCCGCCCCCCACGGACGUAGCCGCCACGGGCCGGGCCCGCCCCCGAGCCCACGCCUCCGCGCGCCCGCUGACCAGGCUGCGCGCGCCCCACCGCUCCCUGUUGCGCCUGCGCGCCCCGACCGCCGCCGGGCACGGUCCUUUCAGCCUGGAGCGCCCGGGCCGAGCCCUUUCGUGUCGUGGGGCGCCAGGGGAGUGCUGGAGGCAGGAGAACAAAGAGCUCAGGCGUGAGGCAAGACCAGCAUCAAGACGUGCGGUGGAUUCAUCCAAGGCUCCCCGGCGACCCGUCUCAGCCCAGAGGGGCUUGGAGCGGCCUGCCCCGCCGGGGGAUGCCGAGCAUGAAAGGCAAAACCUGGGACCCAAAGAGGAACGUGGCUGCACGGGGACCGUCGUCGUCGUCGGGCAUCCCCUGCCGAGUCCCGUAAUAAAUAGUCCUCUCGUGAUGGAAGCCAAGGCGCAGUGGAUGGAGGGAAGCGAGGGUGCGGCGAAGAGACAGGAUGGACGCCUCGAGGAAGGUGCGGCGCAGGAGCCGGGAGUUUCCUCGCGCGGGGCGGCUUUGUGCACUCCCGCCGGCGGGCGGUUCUCCCGGGCCGCCGCUAGGUGGCGGUGCCGUCCUGGAAGCCUUCCAGGGCCCGGAGCAGGGAGACAAUGCCUGGCAUUCUCUCCUCGCCCUCCACAGCCCCAAGAAUCUGGGGCUAGAUCAGAGACAAAAGCAAGAUAG